UACUCCUCGGGCUUUCACGCCGUGGGGGGAGGAAGGAGGCGGAAACUAUAGAGAAAACCAUAGACUACCCCGUCACCUGACAAGAAGAAGAGAGAGCGGCCUCAAUACGCCAGAUGUGCUAGAGGCUGCUGGGGCGGAGGCGGUCGCACAAAGGGCGUCCCGGGAGAUCGCUCCAGCCGCUGGUUGACCAUGAAGAUGCGGCUCCGGCCGGCUCUGGGCCGGGAGGUGAGUGAGUGACUGCGGGGCGGGAAUUGGAGGAGGGUGCGGGUGGAGCCAGCAGGAGGCGAAAGUUUCUCAACCCGAAGACGAAGGUGGGCCUGGCCGGUGGAAGUCUGGAAGGAAGUGUUGAACAGAGCACGCCGACGAGCGAGGCCUCGCCGCAUGACACCAGCCCCGCGCCUCUGCCGCGUCAUUGCUUUGGAUUGCCCGGGCUGCCUCCUCAGAACCAUAAUCCUGACGAUGCUCCUUCCCAAGCCUUGCAGAUUACAGAACGCCUUUCCCAUUUACUGGCUGCUGUGAUCUCCUCUCCCGCCCGACUAUGUGGACCCUGUCAUGACCUCCACUUUACAGAUGGGAAAACUGAGGCCCAGAGAAGCUACUGUAACUGUCCAACGCCACGCGCUCCUCAGCACUUAAGAGGCCACAGCGCCCAAAUCGGUGGUGAUGACAGACUCCUUAUUGGACUCCCAGCCAGCCAAAAGCACGAGGGAGAUGGAAGGACUGUGCCCUGAACUGUUGCUGAUCCCCCCACCUCUCCCUAACCGUGGAGUCCUGGGACCCAUGCAGAGCCCCUGCCCCUCUGGGAACCUCACACCUCUGCCUGCUGACCCAGGCUGCCUGCUGGUAGAGGCCACAGCAACGGAAGAGGGCACGGGAAACAUGGAGAUCAUUGUGGAAGCAGUCGCUGGAAACCUGUCUCCAAGUACUCCUGGAGAGACCCCAGGUGUCCUGGUAAAGGUGGUGGAGGUGUACUUCUGUGAGCGCUGUGAGCAGAGCUUCGCAGAGCCCACUCUGCUUGCCCUGCACCAGUGCACUGAGACCCUUAUACAGCCUGUGCAGGGCCUUUCUAGCCCCUUGGGCUCUUCAGAGCUGCCCCCUAGCAACCUCACCCUCCCUGGCCCUCUGCAAGGCCAGAGCUCACCAAAUAGCCCUCUGCCAUGCCCCGUGUGUAGACAGGAGUUUGCCCAACCUCAGGCCCUGAAGAGCCACUUCAAGAUUCACCGAGGCACUCCAGACAUCUUCUCCUGCCCAGAGUCUGGCUGUGUGUUCUCCACUGAAGAUCGCAAGGGUCUACAGCACCACCUGAGGCAGACACACAGAGCGGUUCCUGUACCCUGUUCUUUCCGGGGCUGCCCCUUGCUCUUUGGGAGCCAGCAGGACAUGGAGCUGCACCGGCAGACCCAUUACCCUUUCCACUGCAGCCACUGCAGCUUCGUGGGCUCCAACGUCAAACUCUUCAGGCAGCAUCAGCGGAGCCAUGGAACUGGGACACAGGGAGAACCUUCUGCCAUUCAGAGCCUUCCAUCCCAGGAGCUGCUGCCAGCACCCAAACUGCCCCCAGGAGAGGGAGAGCCAUCAGAUGGGGCAGAUGCACCCUUGCCUGGGCAGGAAUCAGCUGAAGAGGAGGAAGUAGUGGAAGAGGAGGAGAGUGGCACCCAGAAGGACACCCAGAAAGCCCUGGAAAAAAGCCAGGAGAUUCAGGAGUUGGAAGGGGAUGCAGCUUCCAGUGCCGAGUCCUUCUUCAAGACUCACAUGUGUCCAGAGUGCAAGCGCUGCUUUAAGAAGCGGACACAUCUGGUGGAGCACCUACAUCUGCACUUCCCAGACCCCAGCCUCCAAUGCCCCAACUGCCAGAAGUUCUUCACCAGUAAGAGCAAGCUCAAGACCCAUCUACUGCGGGAGCUGGGCGAGAAGGCCCACCGCUGCCCGCUCUGCCACUACAGUGCAGUGGAGAGGAAUGCACUCAACCGCCACAUGGCCAGCAUGCACGAGGCUAUUUCCAACUUCUACUCAGACACCUACACCUGUCCUGUCUGCCGUGAGGAAUUCCGCCUCAGUCAGGCUCUCAAGGAGCACCUCAAGAGCCACACAGCUGCAGCUGCCACAGAGCCGUUGCCUCUUCACUGCUUUCAGGAGGGCUGCAGCUAUGCAGCGCCUGACCGCAAAGCCUUCUUAAAGCACCUGAAGGAGGCCCAUGGGGUGCGGGCUGUGGAGUGCCGCCAUCACUCAUGCCCCCUGCUCUUCGCCACAGCCGAGGCCAUGGAGGCCCACCACAAGAGCCACUAUGCCUUCCACUGCCCUCACUGUGACUUCGCCUGCUCCAACAAGCACCUGUUCCGCAAACAUAAGAAGCAGGGCCACCCUGGCAGUGAAGAACUGCGCUGUACCUUCUGUCCCUUCGCCACCUUCAACCCUGUGGCCUACCAGGACCAUGUAGGCAAGAUGCAUGCUCAUGAGAAGAUCCACCAGUGCCCCGAGUGCAACUUUGCCACUGCCCACAAAAGGGUGCUUAUCCGACACAUGCUGCUUCAUACAGGUGAGAAACCUCACAAGUGUGAGCUGUGUGAUUUCACAUGCCGGGAUGUGAGCUACCUGUCCAAGCACAUGCUGACACACUCCAAUGCCAAGGAUUACAUGUGCACUGAGUGUGGUUAUGUCACCAAGUGGAAGCACUACCUCAGCGUGCACAUGCGAAAGCAUGCAGGAGACCUCAGAUACCAGUGCAACCAGUGCUCCUAUCGCUGUCACCGGGCAGAUCAGCUGAGCAGCCACAAGCUGCGGCAUCAAGGCAAGUCCCUGAUGUGUGAGGUGUGUGCCUUCGCCUGCAAGCGGAAGUAUGAGCUACAGAAGCACAUGGCGUCGCAGCAUCAUCCUGGCACGCCAGCCCCACUCUACCCCUGCCGCUACUGCAGCUACCAGAGCCGCCAUAAGCAGGCCCUGCUGAGCCACGAGAACUGCAAACAUACUCGCCUCCGUGAGUUCCACUGUGCCCUCUGUGACUACCGUACCUUCAGCAACACUGCCCUCUUCUUCCACAAGCGCAAGGCCCAUGGCUAUGUGCCUGGGGACCAGAGCUGGCAGCUCCGCUAUGCCAGCCAGGAGCCAGAGGGGACCAGACAGUGCCCAACACCCCCACCAGACUCAGAGCCCUCAAAUCAGCUGUCUGGUCAGCCUGAGGAGCCAGGCCAUGACCUGGGGACUGUGGUUAACCCCAGCUUGAACCAGGCCUCACCAGAGACAAACGAAGAUGGUGCCAGGAGACAGGAUGGCAGUGAGGCUCCUCAGGGGGGUGACCUGGUUGGCAGUCCAAGCCCAGUGGAGGUAGAUGAGAGCAGCUGCACACUACACCUAGAGGCCCUGGGAGUAGAGCUGGAGCCCAUGGCCGAGCCACCCCUUGAAGAAAUUACGGAAACAACCCCUGUGGAGUUCAGGCCCCUGGAUCCCUCGGGGCCUCUGGAACUCGAAGGACCACAUGGAACUUUGACAGAGCUGCCCAGCUUUGAAGGCAUUGAGCCAUCUGGCUUGGGUGCUGAAGAAGAGCCCAUUCUGGAGAAGCCAGAACCUGAGGACCCCAGAAAUCCCCCAUCUUCAGAGGAGCCCCCUAACAGCUGGAUGGAAACUUUCAAGGCAACUCCACCUGCUGAGACAGCAUCCUUGUCCCCAUUCCCUGAAUCAGAGUCAUUACUUAAGGCCCUAAGGAGGCAGGACAAAGAACAGGCAGAGGCACUGGUGCUGGAGGGGCGAGUGCAGAUGGUAGUGAUACAGGGAGAGGGACAGGCCUUCCGCUGCCCGCACUGCCCUUUUAUCACCCGCAGGGAAAAGGCCCUGAGUCUGCACUCCAGGACUGGGUGCCAGGGCCACCGAGAGCCCCUACUGUGCCCUGAGUGUGGAGCUAGCUUCAAGCAACAGCGUGGCCUCAGCACCCACCUGCUGAAGAAGUGUCCUGUUCAGCUCAGAAAGAACAAGGGCUUGCUGAGACCAGAUUCACCUAUCCCUCUGCAUCCUCUGCCCACGGGCAUCCAGGCCUCAGAAGAUGCAGAGGGUGCAAAGCCCCCAUCUGCACCAUUAGAAAUAGAAUUAGGGCUCCCAAAAGAGGCUCCUGUGCUGCCCAGAGAACCAGAAGAAAUAGGGGAGCCUCCUGCCACACCCUCUGGCUCCCCAGUCCCUCCUGCAGGGAACUCCUCACCCAUAGAGACCCCUGAGAAGUUCCACUUUGAGCAGGGCAAGUUUCAUUGCAACUUGUGCCCAUUUCUUUGUUCUCGGCUCUCCUCCAUUACCUCUCAUGUGGCUGAAGGCUGCCGUGGGGGGCGUGGUCGGGGAGGGAAGCGAGGGGCCUCCCAGACCAAACCUAUUGUGUCCCCCCUGAGCAAUGGGAACUCUGCUCCCCUGACCAGUAGGGGUAGAGAGUCCAGUCCUGGUGGUGGGGACACAGCUCUGGCUCCAAGGCAGAAGGGGGCUCGCUUCUCCUGCCCCACAUGCCCCUUUAGCUGCCAGCAGGAGCGGGCUCUGCGAACUCACCAGGCCCGGGGCUGCCCCCUCGAGUCUGGAGAGCUGCACUGUGGCCUCUGCCCGUUCACUGCCCCUGCUCCUGCUGCCCUGCGGCUCCACCAAAAGAGGCGGCACCCCACUGCAGCCACAGCCCGUGGCCCCCGGCCCUCUCUGCAGUGUGGGGACUGCGGCUUCACCUGUAAACAGAGCCGUUGCCUGCAGCAGCACCGGCGGCUCAAACAUGAAGGGGUGAAGCCACACCAGUGCCCUUUCUGUGACUUUUCCACCACCAGGAGGUACCGGUUAGAGGCACACCAGUCCCGGCAUACGGGUGUUGGCCGCAUCCCCUGCAGCUCCUGCCCCCAGACAUUUGGUACCAACUCGAAGCUUCGCUUGCACCGGCUGAGGGUGCAUGAUAAAACCCCCACCCACUUCUGUCCACUCUGUGACUACAGUGGCUACCUCCGCCACGACAUCACUCGCCAUGUCAACAGCUGCCACCAGGGUACCCCAGCCUUUGCCUGCCCCCAGUGUGAAGCCCAGUUCAGCUCAGAGACAGCACUCAAGCAGCAUGCUCUGCGCCGGCACCCCGAGCCCGCACCUCCAGCCCCUGGCUCUCCGGCAGAAGCCACCGAGGGCCCCUUGCACUGUUCCCGCUGUGGGUUGCUAUGCCCCAGCCCUGCCAGCCUGCGAGGACACACCCGUAAACAGCACCCACGCCUUGAGUGUGGGGCCUGCCAAGAGGCCUUCCCUACCCGGCCAGCACUGGAUGCACACCGGAGGCAGCAGCAUUUCAGCCACCGCUGCCAGCUCUGUGACUUUGCUGCCCGGGAACGAGUAGGCCUGGUGAAGCACUACCUGGAGCAACAUGAGGAUAUGACAGCCGCAGCAGUGGCCUCAGAUGGGGACAGGGAUGCUAGCCAGCCCCCUCUGCACUGCCCCUUUUGUGACUUUGGGUGUCGCCAUCAGCUGGUGUUAGAUCACCAUGUGAAGGGGCAUGGGGGCACCCGGCUAUACAAGUGUACCGACUGUGCUUACAGCACCAAGAACCGCCAGAAGAUCACGUGGCACAGCCGUAUCCACACCGGGGAAAAGCCCUACCACUGUCACCUCUGCCCCUAUGCCUGUGCUGACCCCUCUCGCCUCAAGUACCACAUGCGGAUCCACAAGGAAGAACGGAAGUACCUGUGCCCUGAGUGUGGCUACAAGUGUAAGUGGGUCAACCAGCUCAAGUACCACAUGACCAAGCACACAGGGUUAAAGCCAUACCAGUGUCCAGAAUGUGAGUACUGCACCAACCGGGCUGAUGCCCUGCGCGUGCACCGGGAGACACGGCACCGGGAAGCCCGGACCUUCAUGUGUGAGCAGUGCGGCAAGGCCUUCAAGACACGCUUCCUGCUGCGCACCCACCUCCGCAAGCACAGUGAGGCCAAACCCUAUGUGUGCAAUGUGUGCCACCGUGCUUUCCGCUGGGCUGCUGGACUGCGCCACCAUGCCCUCACUCACACCGACCGCCACCCCUUCUUCUGCCGCCUCUGCAGCUACAAGGCCAAGCAGAAAUUCCAGGUGGUCAAGCAUGUGCGCAGGCACCACCCCGACCAGGCUGACCCAAACCAGGGCGUGGGCAAAGACCCCACCACCCCCACGGUGCACCUGCAUGACGUACAGUUAGAGGAUCCCAGCCCUCCCGCUCCUGCUGCUCCCCCCACCGGACCAGAAGGCUGAGAACCUACCCCUCCUUCCAGACAAGAAGAGGGUAUCGUCUGAGAUGUGCAUACUGGAACCAGAGUUUGCCUGAGGAGCUCAGGGCCUAAGGAAGGGCUGGCUUGGGGUUGUCAGGGAGGCUGGACCCCUCCUGGACUCUGGCUGUAGUAUUUUGAAGUUGAUGGCUAUAUAAAAGAGACAUGAACCACA